AUGGAAGUCUCGCCGCAGACUAACGAUGCGCUGAUCGACUCAAUAAUGGGAUCGUUCGAAACAUUACAUCGUGGACAUGUGAAUGCAAAGUUGUUACUGUUACUCAUUGAAACGCUUGGCCAUCUCAACGCCAAGAUGUUGAAAGGAAGGUUCCAAAGUUCGGAGUUGAAAGGAUUCGAUAUCUUCUCACCUAUCCUCAAGUGCAAUGGUCUAGAGAAUAAAGACGAAAUAGUGGGAGUUCUUGUGGCAUACUGUUCUGUGUAUGCAGAGCUACAGCCAUUGAUAACUGGAUCUGUUGCUACAUGGGUACCUCUUUUAAGGUCAGCUAAUCACGAAAUAUUAUAUUUUCGACCUGGAUUUUAUACCAUUGUUUCUCUAUUCGGGAAGAAUGCGAAGGUGAGUGAGAUAAUUCCAAAACUGUUAAAAUUCAACCUUGGAGACGUAGUAAGACAGUUGUGGAUACCACAAUGGAUAUCAUUCGUAAAUAAUGGCAAAGGUGGCUAUGGAAGGAAAUUAAUCGAAUCUGAUUUGAAUAUAGCGCUGAAUGAAGGAAAAAUGGAUUUUUUUAUUGCAACAAUGAAGUCAACAAUCAUAGAGGAAAGGAAUGUGACGGAUAGAUCCUCGAGCCCACCAUUUUCAUUUUUGUUUCACAAACUUAGCCAAAGAGGAAUCUUGUUCUCUAGAUGGGUCGAUAAGGGUCUGUACCAAGAAUUUUCGACAUAUUUGUUAAGCAGUGGAAGUAAAAAACGGGAUCAAGAGAUGGACAGUUUAAAUUUCCAGCUUGAAAUUCUAAUGGAAGUUGUGGAUCAUCCAGAGACCAAUUAUUUCGAGGAGCCAAAGCUGGUGACAUUUUUGUAUCUCUCCUUAGACAAGAUAUAUGACAUACCAUGCAACCAGUUACAUUUAACAUUGGGUGCCCUAGGAUCAACACAAAGUUUGUUUGCCCUUCUGAACAUGGUACAGUAUCUUUUGAGUAAAUUUUUGAUUGAUACCGGGAAUAUCUGCGAAUUAUUACAAGGAACCCAGAUUGAGAUGCAAUUGACUAAAGAGAAAAAUCAAAAAUGGUACAAGUCAAAAAAUAAUUCAACAAAGCUGCCCUCUUGGUUCCACUCUUCGAUAUUGACGCAUAAUCCACCCAUCACAAAGUCACUUUUUGUGUACGAUAAGGACGAUUGGUUGAAGAUCGAAUCAACAAGCACGAGUCAGAUAGUGGAGUUACUCUUUGCAUGCCUUAUUAACAGUCUGUUGAUAAGCGCAAAGCUCCUCAAAGAAUACCGGAAGAUUAAACUAGACCCUCUUGCUUUUGAUAUUAGUGGAAUUGAAGUAAAUGAGAACACCUUCAAGAUCGAAUACCUGAUAAAAGAGCAAUACAUGGACCUACAUCUCAUUUCUUUGUUCAGUUCUUUGGUACUUUCAGAACAGAUAUCAAGUUGUACCAACCAAUUCUACGAAGGUAAAAAAAAUGCUUUAAGCAACGACAUCCUAUUUUCCAGUACAAUGAAUGUAUUUAAGGAGUUAUUGGAAAGUCAUGGGACAAUCGGUCUGCACCAUUUGAUAAAUUUUGCUGCCCGCAUGUCAGAAGAUGAUCUGACAAUAAAAUCGAUAUCACUAAAACUUCUUAACGCUUUGCUUUUUGACAAUGACGACAGUCUCGCCAGAAACCUGUUACAGAAAAAUGCAAUUGUCUACCAAGCGUUACACAGAUUUAUUGUUAUAUGGGAUGAUGGGUCAGAAAUAUUUAGGCCAUUUCAUGAGAGACUUUUCCAUACAGAACAACCUCAGCCCAAGGCAACUUCAGUUACAAUUUCCGCACUUCUUGAACUUUUGCCGAAUUACGAAUCAAUGUUACAGAUUAUAAGUGAACAAAGAGUUCAAAAACCUGCAAAUCGAGCUCAAACGCAAUGUCAUAGAGAAAAAGGCCAAUGCGUACUCCAGACUUCUGGCUAUAAAUUCAAUCCUUAUUCUGCACCAUCUUUUGUUCCUGCCAAAAAAACGACCAUUGAACCAUCAAAAGAAACAUCAUCUCUUACUGAACAGCCAUCGCCACAAGCAUUGAUAAAGAGGUCUCCAGAGCCUUGGGCUAAUUACCGCAGGGAUAUAACCAAAGUACCAGUAUCAUCCAAUCAAGACCGACAAUCCAUGUUCAGACCGAGCAUUGACUAUAGCACCUACACUUCUGCUGGUUCUCGCACAGAGCAAGGUCAAAGUUCUUUUGCUUUCAGCAACAUAUCUAGUCAAAUUUCAGUCCCAAAGACACCAGAUAUGUCAUCAUCUACAAUGUUCAGCAAUCCUUGGGAAGAAUCACCCAGUAUGCAUUCAACUCCCAACAUAAGUAAAAUCGUGAACACGGGUAAAAACUAUAUAUUAGGUGGUCAUAAUAGAAUGAAGAACAAUAGCAGGGCGCAGUCAAUCCACAUUGAUGAUUUUGAACAGACUUAA